UGUUCACUUUACUCACUUCUCACACUCACAUGAUGAUGUGGAUGACAGAGUUGUUCCUUCUAACGAUACUCAUCACAGGAACGAUUUCAGGGAGUCUGAAUGUCUUCAAGGUAAAUCUUAUGUCUGUACAACAAGGAAAGUCUAUCACCAUUCCUUGUUUAUAUGGUGCAGAUUAUAAAAAUCAUGAAAAGUACCUGUGUUUUGGAUAUGCUCCUGUUUGCAAAGAAGUUCAGUCCAUUAAAGAGAUCUCAGAUGACCAAACCAAUCUUAUAUUUACUGUUACUACAAAAAAAUUAACACCUAGAGAUACUGGUUAUUACUGGUGUUCUGUUAGGAAGUAUUUCAUUGAUGCAAUAUCAGGAUUUCAUCUGGAAGUCACAACAGCUACUCCUAAGCUGUAUGUGGAUAAUCAAAUGAUCACUGCAUAUGAAGGAGGCCAGGUGGUGAUUUCCUGCUAUCAUCGAUUCAAUAACUCUAAUAAAUGGUGUAAGAUUGGUGGUCCGUGUGUGAGCACUAUUGGAAACAUAAGUGAUGCAUCAGUGGAGCUCAGUGAAAUGGACUUGGGUUUUAGAGUGACCAUGAGCAAGCUGACAAUAAACAACACAGGAUGGUACAUGUGCUUAGCAGAAAAUCAGCAGAUGCCUGUUCACAUCACCGUGCAAAGAUCGACAUCCAACAGGGAGAGAAGAUCAUUUGCAUGGGUCGUGAUUUUGGGAUUUCUGCUUGUAGUAGCCUGUAUAGCUGUGAUUCUUUUUAGGCCACACAAAGAAAUUGCUGAAAUGUUCUCAUCACGCAAGAGAUCUGAAAAUUUAUAUGUAAGCAUGAAAAGACCAAAUCUACAAACAAAUCAACAUGAAGAUGAAGAAGCUCAAGAAUAUGAAAUUAUGUUCAGUCCUGAACAGACCCCGGGGGUUCAAGGGACAAACUGUAAAGGCAAUUAUUCAGAUGGAGGUCACAUUGCAGACAAAGAACAUUACUGCACCUGCUGAAUGUGAUUUGCAUUACAAUCAAGCGUGGAUCAUGAAGUCAAACGUAAAUAAGCUACAUGCAUUUCCCCAUAAACAGAAGUGAAAAAACAUGUCAAGCAGUGUGUUAUUUGAUUUGAUUUCAUGUGUAUUAUUCAAAUCCCUUCGAAAAAAAUUGACACAUCGAUAGAGUCAAUAGUUUGUAACAUACAUAAAUCUAGUUAUCACACAGAGUACUGCUGCUUCUUAACACUUUUUUUAAAUGUUUUUAGAUUUGCUUUUAAUUAUAUGGGUUUCUGUGUCUAUGAAAACAUGUAGCGUCUUUAAUACUUCAUGUUAUGCCUUUUCUUUCCUCAUAAACAUUCAGGAAAACAUUGUACUGAGCUUCUCUGAACCCUAUAAUAUGUUGUUCACACCAUGAAAUUGUGCAACAUUUUGGACUUUGCAGUUUGCUUAUGGUCCUCAAGGGGGCCUCAGUGAUAUUUGUUUAGCUUAACUUGAGUAUGGUAUGUAAGUAUUGUAUGUAUACAUGAUGUAAAUACACAAACCAGCAUUAAUCUAAGAUACAUAUAUUGAAAGUACUUCAUUACUUAUCAUGUCAUGGUCUAUAUAAAUGCCUCUGCAAAAAGAUUAAUGAUAAUGUACAUAAAAGUAUAGAAGAAAUAUUAUAUUUUGUAAAACACCAUUGUGUGCCUAUGUAUUGUACUAUAUAUGUGUUAUAUUGGAUGUUGUACCACAGUGCUAUUAUACAGAAUUCACAAAUCUGACUUUAUUUUCUACAUGAGCAGCUCUCAUGGUCAUUAUUUCAGCUGUAAUGUGAAACACAGGUUUGUAUUAAUGAGUUGUUUGUAUUUAUGCCGGAACAUUUCUACAGUAACUGCUCAUUCCCUUGUAUAGUGGCUACCUCACAUAAUCUACGCCAUUAAAUUUUCUACCACUGGAA